AUGAGUUUUUAUAAAUUUACUUGUUUCAAUUUGUAGUGUUCAUUCAAUUUUUGAUGAGUACGAUGCAUGGGCAUAGCUCCACAACAAACAGAAAACGUCAACGAGAUAUCGGUCCUGUCACCAUGCGAAAACUGGCAGCGACAGGCGAUGUGGCGGUUCUGAAUGUUCCGAUGGAUAAUGCGGGUUCCUCCACGGGAAUGUCCUCUACAAAGCAGGCAAAGCAGCCAGUAAUCGCAGCGCCGUCGAUCGAAAGUGACACACGCGUAGGACAGGAGGAUGACGCAGAGGUGAUUGCGUUGCGCCAGGACAAACGUGAGAACGAAGAGUACGCGCAGCUUCUGCUCGACUGCUUCAACCGCGCCUUUACCGAAAGAGCACGCGCCACUCCUGUGAAGAAACCAGACACCACAGGUCCAUCUCCGAUGACGACCGACCCACGGCGAACACGCCAGCAUCAACGCGGACUUCCGCAGCAGCAAGAUACGGCGCCGCUGGCAGACGACGUGGAAAUGGUGGUGCGCUUUUCCAACCGCCUGCACCCGCACCUCAUCGGCUUCGAGAUGCGCACCAUCACCGCCAUUCGUCAGGAGUGCGGCGGCAACGUGCAGUUCUCCUUUCCGCCGUCGGGAUCCGGACGCUGCUGCUGA